UCUGCCGGCUGGCUUUAUAUUGACUCUACCCGGAGAGCAACAGGCGGAGCAACAACGCACAGAAGAAGAAAAAUAAGAAGAAGAAAAAAAGGAAAAAGUCCGAUGAACGAUGCAACGUCAGUCUGGCCGUUUACCGUCGUCAAGACGUUGGUGAAUUAAUGAGAAACAGCGGGGUAUAGACAGUAGUCCCUUUAUCAAUGGAGCUACUUCGUUUUUCCGCGUUUUGGUAUGGAGCGAUACUCUUUGUUAGUCCUCUACUUAACCAGACGGAGGCCAACCUGAACAUUAUGAAGCAAAGGAAGUUGUGUAAAUUUUGUGACGUGCGGGCGAGUAACUGCAGCGGCACAGGAAGCUGUAUAGUGGAGUGUGACAUCACAGCCAUCUGCGCCCAUCUGGAUGAGGUGUGUGUCAGCAUCUGGCGGAAGAAAGAUGACAAUGUCACCAUCGAUACCAUGUGCUAUAACCCAGCCCAAAAAUUACACGGCCUGGUUCUGGAUGAUUACAACAACACCAAGUGCGAGAUGAAAGAGAGGAAGGGCAUGGGCUCCCAGUUCUAUAUCUGCUCCUGCUCCGAGGAUGAGUGUAACGAGCACGUCUUCUUUACCUCGUCCUUUCCUCUCCAUCCCUCAGCCUCGCUGAACUCCCAGGUGAUGCCCGUCAUCCUCGUGAGCCUGGUUCCUCUGCUGGUUCUAGCAGUCCUGGUCAUCACUUCCUUUUACUUCUACCGGGUCUACCACCAGCGCCAUGUGGGCUCCAAGCGCAGAAUGGGCCCUCCGCUGGACUUCAGCGAUGCUCAUGCUAUCAUCAUGGACGACGGCGGCUCAGACAGCAGCUCCACUCAUGCCAACAACCUCAAUCACAACACCGAGCUGCUGCCCAUCGAACUUGACGCCCAGGUUGGGAAAGGACGGUUUGCAGAAGUGUACAAGGCCAAGCUGAAGCAAGGCUCCUCGGCUGGAGAGCAGGCCUUCGAGACAGUCGCUGUGAAGAUUUUCCCAGAUGAGGAGUACGCCUCCUGGAAGAACGAGAAGGACAUCUUCUCAGACGCAGACCUGAGACAUGAGAACGUGCUUCACUUCUUGACGGCGGAGGAGAGAAAGGUACAGAAGCAGUACUGGCUGAUCACGGCCUACCAGCCUCGCGGGAACCUCCAGGAGUACCUAACACGCCAUGUCAUAAGCUGGCAGGAGCUGUGGCUCCUGGGGGGAUCUCUUGCCCGCGGUGUGGCCCAUCUCCACAGCGAUCAUACCCCUUGUGGACGUUACAAGGUGCCUAUUGUGCACCGGGACAUUAAGAGCUCCAACAUCUUGGUGAAGAGCGACCUGACGUGUUGCCUUUGUGACUUUGGGCUGGGACUCCGCUUGGACAACUCCCUGUCUGUGGAUGAGCUGGCCAACAGCGGGCAGGUGGGGACAGCCAGAUACAUGGCCCCAGAAGUCUUGGAGUCUCGAAUCAACCUGGAGAAUAUUGAGUCUUUUAAACAGACUGAUGUUUAUUCGAUGGCCCUGGUACUUUGGGAGAUCACCUCCAGGUGCAGUGCUAUCGGAGAGGUGAAAGAGUACGAGCCACCCUUUGGGAAGGUGAGGGAGCACCCGUGUGUGGAGAGCAUGAAGGACAGCGUUCUCCGAGACCGAGGCAGACCUGAAAUCCCCAACAGCUGGACCAUCCAUCCAGGCAUCCAGAUGGUGUGCGCCACCAUAGACGAAUGUUGGGACCACGACCCGGAGGCCCGUCUGACAGCCCAGUGUGUGGCCGAGCGCUUUGACGACAUGGAGCACCUGGACAAGCUGUCAGGCUGCUCCGACUCGGAAGAGAAGAGCCCCGAGGAGAUCUCCGCCGUGGAUGAGAAGUAGCGGCUCAAAAGCAACACUGCCCCUUGUUGGGCUGGCUGAGGAACUGCAACCAGGCAGCUGAGCAAGAGAGGUAGAGAGAGAGAAGGGGAAGAGGGGGAGAAAGAAAUUCCAGUGGAUGUUUUGUUGUGCUCUGGGUUGGCCCAGAACAUAUGACGUUGGAAUGGAUGGAGAAGUGACGGAUAUGAAAGGGAACUAAACAGAACUAAAAGAGAUGGACUUGAUUCCUUUUUUUUUCUUUUCUUUUUUUUACCCAAAUGUUCCAAAGACUGGAUCAAGCCAUAAAUGAACAGGGGAGAACACAGUAUAAAGCUAUUGUAACAAAAUACUUCUUGCACUUUAUCAAUAUCUAUGCAUACCAAAUGUUGUUUAUUCGGUGUCUGUUUAUUGGUUAAGUCAGUACCUCUAGUUAUAAGACACAACUGACGUCAUAGGAAAGAGAGGAACCAAGUUUGUUUGGGGAACAAAGGAGGGAAAGGGAGCAAUGAAAAAUGGUGUAGGCGGUUAGUAACACUGUUAACCCCCCCCCCCCCACCCUGUAUUUGUCUGGCUGCUCAAAUGUUUUCAUAGGUGGCCUUGGAUGAAUGUCAAAGGGAAUGGAGGACAGUGCAAUGUGAGAAUCAGGAUGCAGGUAUCAGUUCUGCUGGCGUGAAAUGAAAAUGACCCCGAGCCUCAAAACAGAAAAUCCAUCUAAAGCAAUAAGCAGAGGUGGAUGCUGAUAUCAUAUCCCUAGGCCUAUGAACCGUAAAAUAAAGAUGGGGAAAUCAGCCUUUAAGGGAAAAGGAUGUGUGUGCGUGAGUGUGUGUGUGUGUGUGUGUGUGUGUGUGUGUGUGUGUGUGUGUGUGUGUGUGUGUGUGUGUGUGUGUGUGUGUACAUAGCAAGCAAACUGAGGACAGAUAGAAUAAAGAUCGUUACUAAAGAGCUCAGUGCAUAUCUGCAAAGGAUGCUGGACUCCUUCAUAGACAGUUGGUGACAGAAAGGGGGAUUCUAAUCCCUUUCUCAUUACAGAUUAUGAUCAAACUCUUACGUUAAUAAAUGUUUAAAGCUUUAAUUAAAAGAGGUUCAGUACUCAGUC